AUGAACACGCCAGUACAAGCCAGGGAGCCCAUCGCAAUCGUUGGGAUUGCGUGUCGCUUCCCCGGUGGUGCCAACAGCCCCUCCAAGCUCUGGGACCUCCUCUGCGAGAAACGAGAUGUCCAGGAAACCAUUCCGGUCGAGCGCUUCAACAUCGACGCUUUUUACGACGUGAAUAGUGAGAAGGCCGGAUGCACAAAUGCCAGAAAGGCAUACUUACUCUCCGAAGACAUACGGCGCUUCGAUGCGGCCUUCUUUCAAACCAGCCCCCCCGAGGCAGAGGCCAUGGACCCCCAACAGAGACUGCUCCUCGAGACCGUCUACGAGGCCACCGAAGACGCCGGUCUCCCGUAUCAGAGCCUCAAGGGUUCCAAUACAGCUGUUUACGUUGGGAGCAUGACGGGCGACUACCACGAGAUGCUGCUGCGCGACGUGCAGCACUUGCCUAAAUACAUGGCCACUGGCACAGCUCGAAGCAUCCUCUCGAACCGCAUCUCGUACUUUUUCGACUGGAAGGGCCCCUCGAUGACCAUUGAUACGGCCUGCUCGUCGAGUCUCGUCGCCGUUCACGAGGCCGUCACAGCACUCCGCUCGGGCGUUUCCGACGUGGCCUGCGCGGCCGGUGCCAACUUGAUCAUUGGCCCGGAGAUGAUGGUGUCAGAGUCCAAGCUGCAUAUGCUGUCUCCGACGGGCCGCAGUCGGAUGUGGGAUGCCUCGGCCGACGGGUACGCGAGGGGAGAGGGAACAGCCACCGUCGUGCUGAAGAGACUGUCCCAGGCCCUGAAGGACGGCGACCGGAUUCAUGGUCUCAUUCGUGAAACCGGCGUCAACUCUGACGGACGCACGAGCGGCAUCACACUGCCCAGCUCAGAGUCACAAAAGGUUUUGAUCAGGCAAACAUAUGCAAACGCCGGCCUGGACUGGACUACGGACGCAGGGAGACCCCAGUUCUUCGAAGCGCACGGAACAGGCACUCCCGCGGGAGAUCCGAUCGAGGCACGCGCCAUCCACGACGCCUUCUUUGGCAAUGGCACAAGCAACGCCGAGGGGACCAUGCUCGUGGGAUCCGUCAAAACGGCCAUCGGCCAUCUGGAGGGAUGUGCCGGCCUUGCGGGUCUCAUCAAGGCCGUCGAGGCUGUCCGUCGAGGCGUCGUGCCUCCGAACAUGUUAUUCAAGAAGCUCAACCCAGCCAUCGAGCCCUUUUCUGCACAUCUGCGAGUCCCCAUCGAGGCCGCGCCAUGGCCCGAACUGUCACGAAACACGCCGCGUCGCGCCAGCGUCAACUCGUUCGGCUUCGGAGGAACCAACGCACACGCCAUUGUCGAGAGCUUUCCCGGCUAUCCUACAGCCGCUGAACCAACCCGGUCCUGUAGCGACAGCCUCAUAGUCACGCCGCUCGUGGUGUCUGCCAACUCGGAGCACUCGCUCCAGAGAUUGGUAGCCGGGCUUUGCGAGAGUCUUGGGUCGACGAAUAAUGAGGAACAAGUGAACGGCCUGCUUUUCACUCUCGCCAAGAGGCGAUCGCAGCUCCCGCUCCGGGUUGCCUUUUCCGGAAGCUCCCUUCAGGCCAUGCGGGAGAAGCUGGACAAGGCGACGACAUCCGCCGACGAGGCGCCCGGCAGGAUUCUCGGCGUCUUCACGGGCCAAGGCGCCCAGUGGCCGACCAUGGGUCGCGAGCUUUUGCGGCGGACGACUUUUGCGAGAGGCUUUAUGGACAGUUUGCAAGAGGCUUUGGCGAACCUUCCCGAGCCGCCUUCCUGGACGUUGUCGGAACAAUGUCUGGCCGACCAGGACGUCACCCGCAUCAGCGAAGCCGCCGUCUCGCAGCCGCUCUGCACGGCCGUCCAGCUUUUGCUCGUCGAGUUGCUCCGUCGAGCCGGCGUCAGGUUCGACUGCGUCAUCGGCCAUUCGUCGGGGGAGAUUGCCGCCGCCUAUGUCGCCGGCUUCCUCACGGCCGAAGAUGCCAUCCGCAUCGCCUACUACCGUGGCGUCUGCGCGGGACUCGCCCGGGGUCCCGGCGGCCACCGGGGUGCUAUGAUGGCUGCCGGUAUGUCUUACGACGAGGCCGUUGCCUUUUGCGGAGACCAUUUCGCCGGGCGAAUUGAUGUUGCUGCCGCCAACGCCCCGGGGAGCGUCACUCUGUCGGGAGACGAGGACGCCGUCGGCGAAGCCAUGGCGCUACUCCAGGAGAAGGGCACCUUUGCCCGCCUCCUCAAGGUCGACACGGCCUACCACUCGCGUCAUAUGCAGCCAUGCGGCGGGGACCCAUCCUGCGAGUGGUUCUCCAGCGUCACUGGCCAACGCAUGGACGCUGCCCAGCACUCUCGCCUCCUUGAGGGUGAGUACUGGAAGGAGAACAUGGUCAAGCCUGUCUUCUUCACGCGCGCGACCGAACUCGUGGUUAGCUCGGCCGCUCUGCCCUGUCACGUCGCCCUCGAGGUCGGCCCUCACCCAGCCCUCAAGGGGCCUUUUGGACAGACGUUCAAGCAGGUGACUGGCGCUCAGAUCCCCUAUCAAGGCACGUUGGCACGGGGAGUCGACGAUGUCGAGGCCAUGAGCGAUACCUUGGGCUUCCUGUGGUCUCGCCUCGGCAGCGACGCCGUCGACUUCGCCUCGUAUGCCGAAACCAUUUCCUCCGCCACCUUCUGUCGUCUUCCCGCAACCAACCUCCCCUCUUACCCUUGGGACCACUCGCAGUCGUUUUGGAAAGAAUCGACAAGGUCUGCGGCCCUCCGGCUGCGGAGCAAGCCACCGCAUCCGCUGCUGGGCGUCCGGUCAGCAGAGGACGCGGCCCAGGAAUAUCGAUGGCUCAAUACUCUGCGACUCCCUGACUUGCCCUGGCUGGAGGGCCACAAGGUUGAAGGACAGGUUAUUUAUCCUGCCGCGGGCUAUCUUGUCAUGGCGAUGGAAGCGGCUAAAGCGCUGGAUGAAACCAGCAAGGUCCACUUCAUUGAACUGUACGAUGUCUCCAUCUCUAGCGCUAUCCAGCUCGACUACGACUCCUCGGGCGUCGACGUACUCUUUGCCCUAAGGCUUCGUGAGCAACAGACGGAGUCGACUACCGCAGAGUGGGCGUGCUACACGUCUUCACCCGCGACCGUUCGCGAAACCGGCUGGAAAUGCAAUGCGAACGGCCGUCUGCGUGUCAAGUUCGGCCCCCCAGCCAGCGCCAACGACACUGCGUUGCCACCAAGAAACUUGCCGGUAGGCUCCCUAAGCACUGUAGACAUGGAUCGCUUCUACACCUCCCUCUCCGGCAUUGGGCUCGAUUACACGGGCGACUUCAAGCAUCUCGACAGCGUGUCGAGAAAGUCCGGGCUGGCAACGGCAAAGGCAGCGCAAAUGGCCCCUCGCUUCUCUGCCAUGAUCCAUCCUGCGCUCCUCGACUCGGCAUUCCAGUCCCUAUUCGCUGCCUACGGCUGGCCUGGCGAUGGAAGCCUCCAGGUUCCCUUUGUCCCGACGUCUCUCCGGAGCCUGCGUCUGGCCAACAUGGAGGAUCAUGUCUCCGAUGGGGAAUCGCUGACCAUUGACGCUUACUUGACCGACUGCAGCGGCCGUGAACUGACAGCUGACAUUGAAAUGUUUGUCUCCGCCAGUGGCCAGCCACUGAUGCAGCUUCAAGGCUUGGCCUGCACCUCUCUGCGUAGGCUAGGUCCCCAGGACUGCAAAGAGCUAUACACACGGACCGCGUGGGAACUUGACAUUAACAAUGGCGUCGCGUCUUUAGACAUGAAGCAGCAGCAGGAUGACCCGGAAGACGUUGAGCUGGUGGAUUUGUGCGAGCGUCUUUCGUACUUUUACCUUCGAGAGCUCCACGGCAAGAUCGAUCGCAAAGAAGUGCCAGCUAUGGAAUGGCAUUUCCAGCGCAUCUUCGAGUGGAUUGAUCACCUCUUUCCGAUGAUUGAAGCCGGGAAACACCCUACCAUCAGGAAGGAAUGGUCCAUGGACCAGCGCUCGUCGCUUCUUGAGCAGGCAGCCAGAUUCCCGGAUCAAGUCGAUCUACUGCUGAUCCAGGCGGUUGGCGAGAACCUCGGCGCCGUCUUGCGCAAGGAAACCACAAUGCUAGAGCACAUGAUAAAGGACGACGUUCUCAACCGGUUCUAUAAGUUUGGUCUUGGGUUUCAGAGGGCAAACGGUUACUUGUCCCGUAUUGCGAAGCAGAUUGCCCACAUGCACCCGCGGAUGAGAAUUCUCGAGAUUGGGGCUGGGACCGGAGGCGCUACGAAAGGUAUUCUCGAGACCCUUGGCACUGCGUUCGAGAGUUAUACCUUUACGGAUAUCUCGACCGGCUUCUUCGAAGCAGCGGCAGAGGCAUUUGCGCCUUGGACUGCCAAGAUGUUGUUCAAGCCCCUCAACGUGGAGAAAGAUCCUGCUGCACAAGGCUUUACUGAGGCAUCAUACGACUUCAUCAUUGCUUCCAACGUGCUCCACGCCACCAAGUCACUUACGCAGACGAUGCGCAAUGCUCGGCGCCUGCUGAAGCCUGGUGGCCGACUGCUCCUUCUCGAGGUCACAAGCGAUAUUUGGAAUUCGUUGCUGCUAUCCACCGGAUUCUCGGGGGUCGACCAUACCGUCAACGAUUUUGUCGACGCUACCCGAUACAUGACUUCCGUCAUGUUGACCCAGGCAGUUAACGACGACAUCCGUGUACUCCGCCAACCCCUAUCAAGCCCCAUUGACUGGCUGUCAGGACGUGCUGUUACCAUCAUUGGCGGCAAGAACAACCGCGUCGCCAAAAGCAUCUCAGAUACCCUGCUCGCGGUCAAUGGCUCGCCAUCAAACGCGUUCAUCAGUUUUGUGGGGGCAUUUGAGAAAAUGCCAUCGGAGCUACCCACAAUGAGAACGGUUCUUGUUUUGGAGGAUCUGGAUGAGCCGGUGCUCAAGACCCUGACUCCGGGGAAGCUGGCAGCUCUGAAGCGGACCAUGAACGAAGCCCGACAGGUACUCUGGGUCUCGAGAGGCUGUCGCGAAAAGGAGCCGUACGCAAACAUGUCUAUCGGCUUAUGCCGCAGCCUUGCAGCAGAGUACAACCACGUUCAGAUACAACAUAUCGACGUUGAGGAGUCUGGCCCUGGCAAUCCGCUCAUGAUAUCUCGCAUAUCCGAGGCCGUGGCUAGACUCAUCUUCAGAACAACGCUCAAAGGCCCAAUGGACGAUAUAUUAUGGUCCUUCGAGCCGGAGCUGGUCUUGGAGCAGGGGAGUUGGUUCAUUCCUCGAAUUCUACCAGAUACCCAGCUCAACGAUCAGCUCAACGCCGGGAAGAUGGCGAUCCAGACCCGCAGCUCCCCGGCCACGGAGGCUGUCGAGGUCCGUCGUGCGAGAAACGGCUCCCGCGUCUUUGCGCCUCGAAAUUGCGUGUUCGACUGCUUGGGAGCAGCCCGCUUUACUCGUUUGAGCGAGAUUGCUCUCACUAUGGUCGCCUCCCAGCUUCUCGAAGGCAUCGCAUCGACAAUUGUGCUUCACCAAGAAGAUGAGUUUCUUGGGAAAGCUAUUCGAUGUAAGGCCGCUGAACUGGGCAUAAAGUGCGUCUCCACCGCGUUCGCGUGCUCAACCAGGUCCAGCAAAGGGGGACGCGAAACAAUCUUUAUGCACCCUCAGGCUCCCGAGCGUGAUGUCAAGCAUCUUAUUCCCCACGACGCGGCGCUGUUGGUCGAUUUCUCAAACAAUAGCAAGACCAGAGAGUCGACACUGUUGCGACUUUGCAUGCCAGCUCGCUGCCUGAUCGCCGCAGUGAGGGAUCUGUUUGGAGGUGAUAGCGACGAACUGCACUCAACUGGAACACCGGGUCCCGUGUUCCUGGCCACAGAGAGCCCGGUCAUCAGAACCUCGGAGCUCUCAGGCAAGCCACUCCUCGAUACGCACUACUCAUCGGUUGUCGACUUUGCCACUGAAGCCGAAAUGACUGCCACUCUCCAGCCCCUGAAUGGCAGUCUUCUCUUUCGCCCGGACAAAGCUUAUCUCCUGGUUGGCUGCACCGGAGGCCUUGGUCAAGCCCUGUGUCGGUGGAUGGUCUCGGCUGGCGUCAGAUAUUUGGCGCUCACGACAAGAAACACUAGCAGAGUCGAUGCGUCAUGGCUCGAGGAGCUACGGCUUCAAGGCGCCCACGUCAAGCUGUUUCAGGUCGACGUGAGCGACAAGGAGGCCCUCGCGGCCGUUUAUGAUCAGGUAACGCGUGAAAUGCCACCCAUCUGCGGCGUUGCCCAUGCUGCCAUGGUUCUCUCCGACCGCUCGUUCGGCGAGUCAACAAUUGUGGACUAUGCUACAGUCUUUGGCCCCAAGGUUCAGGCCACGCAGAACUUGCACGAGCUCUUUCACGACCAGCAACUCGACUUUUUCGUCAUGUUCUCGUCUCUGGCAAGUAUCGUGGGCAACCGGGGACAGGCAAACUAUGCCGCCGCUAACCUCUUCAUGAGCGCUAUCGCUCAGCAGCGAAGGACGCGCAAAAUGGCGGCUAGUGUGAUGCACAUUGGAAUGGUUUUAGGCGUCGGCUAUGUGUCAUCCAAUGGCGCGCACGAGGAAACCCUGAGGCAGUAUAACUACAUGCCGAUCGCCGAAGGAGACUUCCUCGAUAUGUUUUCGCAGGCGAUUCUCAUCGGCCAGCCCACUUCGCGACACUCCCCUGAGCUUAUCACAGGCCUCAACCGCUGCAGCUUACAAACCGAUGGGCAGAGAUACUUUUGGUUCGAGAAUCCAAGAUUUAGCCACCACACCCUUGAGGAAGAGCGCAAAGAGUCAGCUACUGGCUCGAAAACGUCACUGUCGCAGCGUUUAGCCGAGGCGAAUGGUUCGGAAGAGGUUCUCGUCGUGGUUCAGGAAGAAUUCUGCGCAAAGCUAGAACGCAUGCUUCAGGCUGAAUGCGGCUCCGUUCGAACUUCGCAGCCACUAAUGAAUCUAGGAGUCGACUCACUGAUAGCCGCCGAGAUACGAUCUUGGUUCUUGAAGGAGCUCGAUGUGGACAUCCCUGUCUUGAAUAUCCUCAACACGGCUUCCGUGGCGGAACUGUGCCGCGAGGCCGCGUCUCGCCUUUCCAAAGCACUGCAAGCAAGGGGUGGUGAUGCAGUAGAGGCUCCUGUUAAGUUGACUCCAGCUGAACGGGAAAUUAUUAUGGAGAGCAGCGACGGUUCGGUUACUGAUGAAGCCACGAGUGAGCCCUCACAGAUAGGAUCGUCUCUGCUGGAGAGUGUCGAUGAUACUUCUGGGUGCACCAGCGUGGAAGACGACGAGAAAAUACCAUCCCUUAUAGGCAAGCGGCCAAGGAUUGAGCGGAGUAGCCGGCUGUCAUCUGCCCAGGAGCGGAUCUGGUUUCUACACCAGCUCCUCCAAGACCCCUCCACCUACAACGUCACUCUACUUUACCGCAUCUCAGGUCCUCUCCGGCUGACUGACCUGGAGAAGGCAUUUCACGCCAUCAUUCGACGCCACGAAACUCUGCGAACUUGCUUCUACACCGACCAAGACACAGGACUGCCGACCCAGGGCGUCUGCUCACAUGGACAGUUCAGCCUGCAAAAGAAACAGUAUACCACUUCAUCUGCCCAAGAGGAGUUUGAGCAAAUUCAAAAGGCGCAUUACGACCUCGAAACUGGACCUAUAAUCAAGGCCAUUGUCGGCAGCAACCCCGGCAAUGACCAUCACACCUUGGUGCUCGGGUUCCAUCAUAUUGCUUUUGAUGGCUUCAGUGCUCAGAUUCUCAUGCGGGAUUUGGCCAUUGCGUAUUCCGGAACGGAGCUUUCCGGUACGCCGAGGAGCUAUCUGGACUAUGCCGAGGAGGAGAGAGACGCAAAGAUCUCAGUCAAGACGCUCCGCUAUUGGAAGACGCAGUUCGACACCAUGCCGCCCAUCCUGCCGUUGCUCGAGUUUGCAGAGUGCAAGGCGCGUGUGCCCUUGACAGAUUACAAGACCAGGGCCUUGGAGCGGACUCUGCCUUCGGCUGUUUCCGACGAUAUCAAGUCUGCAGCUCGGAAAAUGGGUGCGACACCGUUUCACGUGUACCUGGGCGCUUUGCAAGCAGUUCUGUUCAACUUGACCUCGGCCACAGACGUCUGUAUUGGCGUCGUAGAUGCGAACAAGACAGAGGCUGGGUACACGGAAACCAUUGGCUUUUUUGUCAACCUGUUGCCUCUGCGCUUCCAGCUAAACGCAUCCAAGACUCUUGGCGACAUGGUUGGCGAGGCCAAGGUCAAGGCCAACGAGGCAUUAGCGCAUCGCAUGCCUUUUGAUGGUCUUCUUGACGAGCUCAAGGUGCCUCGAUCUACGACCCAUAGCCCUUUGUUCCAGGCUAUCCUCAACGUGAAGAUGGGCUCCACGAAAAACGCUACCCUUGGAGAUUGCCAAGCAGAACUUGUCGGCUUCAAGGAUGCAGACAAUCCCUACGACCUGGUAUUCGACAUUGAAAGCUACCAGGACGGCUCGACCUCGAUCAGCGUCAAGACACAACGCUAUUUGUACACUGAACAUGAGCUAGGGCUCGUUUUGGAGACCUACAUUCGCACACUCAGCCUACUGGCCGAGAGACCCUCUCAAAAGGUGACCGCCAGCGUUGCACCCACCGCCGAGGAGAGGGCGAUGGCGCUGCAACUCGGAAGGGGCAUGAGGAUACCGUCUCCGAAGUUUGGCGCAAUCUCCCAUUAUUUUGACCACUGGGCAUCCAAGCAGCCGGGAGCAAUGGCCGUCAAAGAUGACAGCGGUGUCAAUCUUUCUUACACCGAGUUGAAGUCCAGGGUGAAUGACGUUGCUGCGACACUCAAGCAGGCCGGGCUGAGACCGGGGGCCAAGGUUUGUGUUUACUGCGAGCCAAGCGUUCGCAUUAUAUGUUGUUUGCUGGCCACUGUCAAGGUUGGGGGAGCGUAUGUGCCCCUGGAUAUGCAAAAUCCGACCAGACGUCUUCAACUUAUAGUCGACGACUGCGAGCCGGACAUGAUCCUCUUUGACGAGGCUACGAGCAGUGUGAUACCCCAGCUUCAGACAAGCGCACGGCUUUUGAACGUGGAUAACAUCAAGCCCACUUCCGGCCCUUCGACUUACGUUGAGGAUGUGGCCCAAAGUUCAGAAACGGCGUUCAUCUUCUAUACCAGCGGCACCACCGGUGUUCCCAAGGGAGUGCAAGUUACCAACCGGAGCCUGGUGCACCAUAGUGACGCCGUGGUCCAUUUCUACGGCAUCCAACGUGGGGUGGUGCUCCAGCAGGCCCCUUUGGGCUUCGAUCUAUCGCUCAGCCAGAUGGCGUUAUCGAUGAUGACGGGAGGGACGCUACUGGUCGCCUCCAGCGCAACCCGCAGGGACCCGGAGCAGCUGGCCUGGUUGAUGCUUUCUGGCCGAGUCACGCACACCAUAAUGACCCCAACGCAGGCCCUCGCACUCAUUCGUCACGGCCACGACGACUUGUCGAAGUGUGUCGACUGGAGAUUCUCGCUUCUCUCUGGAGAGCCCUUCCGUGCCCAUGUCGUCUCCGAGUUUAGGCGGCUCGACUUGGCUGGUCUGGGGUUGUACAAUGGCUACGGGCCUACCGAGAUCACCAUCAACAGCAGCAGCGGACCGGACGAGCUGAUUGCGACAGCCCCGAAAGACACACGGGAUCCGACAAUUGGCCACACGCUCCCCAACUAUUCGUGCUAUAUCCUGAACGAGCAGCUGCAGCCCGUCCGUGUCGGCUUUGCCGGGGAGCUGUUUGUUGGCGGCGCAGGCGUGGCUGCUGGCUAUUUGCGACACAGAGCGCUCACCGAGUUAAAAUUUAUCGCGGACCCCUUUGCACAGCCCGAGGAUGUGGCUCGAGGCUGGUCUCGAAUGUAUCGGACUGGAGACAAGGCCAAGCUUCUGCCAGACGGCCGCAUCGUCUUCCUUGGCCGCAUUGCCGGUGACACUCAGGUCAAGCUCCGGGGGUUCCGGAUUGAACUGGAUGACAUCGCCAGCAACAUCGUCAAGAGCUCCAACGGCAUGAUUUCCGAGGCCGCCGUCUCGCUGCGCCACAGCGCCGACGGAUCCGAAGACGGCGCUUUCUUGGUCGCCUUUGCCGCUCUGUCAGGACCCGGCUGCCCGCAAGAAGGAACGGCUCGCUUCCUCAAGCAACUUCUGCGCGACCUGUCGCUUCCUCAGUAUAUGAUGCCGUCCAGGAUCGUGCCGGUCGAUGGGCUGCCGAUCAACUCAUCUGGCAAGCUGGAUCGGCACGCUCUCGAUGUCCUCCCUGUACCCCAUGACCCAGACACCGUUGAAGACGAGUCCCUUACGGCUACGCAGGAGAAGCUGAGGGAGCUGUGGCUAAAUGUCUUGCCCUCGGUAGUCCCCAUUGGAUCGGAGACCGACUUCUUUGAAGCCGGUGGCAACUCUUUGCGCAUCGUCGUCCUGCGGGAGAGCGUUGCUCGAGCGUUUGGUGCUCCGAUCACGGUCUUUGAUUUGUUCCAGUGGAGCACUCUGGCGGGCAUGGCGGCCAGGAUCGACAGCUCGUCAGAAUCACCAGAACAGCGGAACCAGAUCGACUGGGCCGUGGAGACACGAGUGGAAGCUGCUACCAGUUGCCCGGAAGUGACAUCGAAGGGCGGUGAAGCCAGGUCAGCCUUUGAGAUCACCGAGGUGCUCGAGGUCGUCCUUACUGGCGCCACUGGAUUCCUCGGGUCUGCCAUUCUUCAGAUGCUCCUCGACGAUAAGGCGGUAUCCCGUAUUCAUUGUAUAGCUCUGAGAAACUCCGCCAGAGCUCUUGAGCAACAUCCGCUCCUCCUGUCUGCUCGAGUCACCUGUUACGAAGGAGACCUUUCCCAGCCUCAGCUUGGGCUUUCUCGGAAAGACUACGACGCGCUGUCCCAAAAGGCGCAUAGGAUUAUUCACAAUGGCGCCGAUGUGUCGUUCCUCAAGUCUUAUCACUCCCUCCGAAAGCCCAAUGUCGGCUCAACACAGGAGCUGGCGAUGUUAGCGGCUCCACGCCGAGUCCCCUUUCAUUUUGUGUCGUCAGGAGGCAUCGUCAACCUGACAGGCCUGGAUGGUCUGCCCGAGAUUUCUGUGUCCGGGUCUCAUCCGCCGACAGAUGGCUCCCAGGGCUAUGCGGCGUCCAAAUGGGCCUCAGAGGUGUACCUCGAGGAGUGCGCUCGCCACUUGGGCAUUCCGAUCUGGAUACAUAGGCCAUCCAACAUCACGGGGGGCAACGUGCCAUCGACAGACCUGAUGGGCAACUUGAUCAAAUACUCGGGCCAGGUCCACGCGUUGCCCGACAUGGGGCUGUCCUGGCGAGGCUCUUUCGACUUCGUGCCGGUCGAGGCCGUGGCCGAGGGCAUUGCUGGCUCACUGCACGAGCCGGGAGCGACGGGGCGGAUCGUCUACCGCCACCACUGCGCGGAUGAGAAGAUCCCGGUGCACGGGCUGGCGGCGCAUCUCGAGGCAGAGCUGGGAGCGCCACUGGAGAUGGUGAGCGUGGACGAGUGGCUGUCUCGGGCUGAGGGGGCCGGGCUCGACGGGACGGCGUCGCUGCUGAUCCGGAAGAUGCUGGACGGGAAGAAGGGGGGUGGUGGCAUUGUUCCGUGUCUGUUGAAGGAGUAG